CUGACUUAUGAGGCUUUCAGUUGGCGUGCUCGGUGAAAAACUGUUCACAUGAGAGGAUGAUAAAUGUCAGGAAAUCCUUUUUCAGCCUGUUCGGGUUGUAUCUGAUAUUUUCAAACGGUGAAUGUUGCAUUGACGAUGGCUGUUAUCUGCCAAAACCAAACAUCACUCUGAAAGCUAUUAAUGAUAAGCAGACUCUUGUGGUGAGCUGGUUGGUAAAACACAGCAGCUUCGGGGGUGACAUUUAUGAGAUCGAGCUCAGCCGCACUGAACAGCACACCGUUAUUUACACUACAAAUGUGAGCGUGUCCCCUGGAGGUUCGGCCGAAUACACAUGGACAUGGAUCUCUGAUCUGCCUCUGGAGUGUGUUGAUCACUCUGUCAGAAUGCGAUACUAUAAUCAAUCUGUCCAGAGUCCUUGGAGCAACUGGAUAACCAACUCUGGAGUCAAAGCAAAUGAUAAGAGCCAAAUUUUUCCCUCCAGCCGUGUGCUGAGGCAGGGCAGCAGUGCCAUGUUCUGCUGUAUUCCCCCAACAGGUGUGAAUGUUAAAAGAAUGACCUUCAGGAACAAGGAAUACCGUCUUUUGAGCAUUGAAGGCGGAGUAAAAGCUAUUACUGUAAACAACCUCACUAUCCCAAAAGGAAUAAUUAAGCAUUUGAUACUGAGUUGCGAUGAUGCAACAGGCGAGAGUGUUCAUGUCUCGAACUACAUCAGUUUUCCACCCCAGAAACCCAGAAACCUCAGCUGUGUAACCUUUGACAUGGUAUCUGUCACCUGCACCUGGAAUUCACCCAGAAAGCAACUCCCAUUUGAUCGCAACGUGCAAAUUUACACUCUCCACAUAGAAAACUCAGACAAGGCUCCCUUCACCUGUGAGCAGUCAUCGUGUACUUUUCCAGCUGUGCCACACCAGCAAGAUUAUAACAUCAGUGUGUGGGUGAAGGACAAGCUAGGAGAGGAGAUGGAACGUUAUAGCUUCAACAUCUCUGACAGAGUGUUUCCUGUUGUGAAGUCGCUGAGAGUGAACCGCGGGGUGACAGGCGCCACAGUGUCCUGGAGCAUGCAGGAAAGCUUGACUCAUAUGAACCUUAUCUGUCAGGUUGCUACAGUCCCACUCGGCACCAUGGAGCUGAGGUGCAACAACAUUAUGAGCAGUUUCUGCGACGCAAAACUGGAACACCUGGUUCCCAACACUAAGUACAAUGUCAGAGUACGCUGCACAGUCAAUGGACGACUCUGGGGAGAAUGGGCAGAAGGAAGCUUCACAACAGAUCUACUGGUGUCCUUGGAUUUAUGGAGAAGAAUACAGCCGCUGUCUAACUCACGCACCCGUCAAGUUACUCUGAUGUGGAAGCCACGUAUUGCUGGCACAGCAGCCACAAUAAACAUACAAGAGUACACAGUUCAGUGGUCACAGGAAGGCCAAACAGAGUCGAAGAACAGCAGCGUGGGCCAGGCAGUGAUGUCCAUUGGCCCAGGAAAGUGUGACUUCACUGUCCAGGCUGUCCUCCCCUCUGGCACCUCCAUCCCCGCCAACAUCACCAUCCCACCAGCAGAGCACAAAGAAAAUCUCCCAGUACAGAAGCGUUUAGACAGCACCAGCGAGGGUGGUUUCAAUUUGACAUGGGAAGAGCAGAGCACUGCCACCUGUGGCUAUGUUGUGGAGUGGUGCAUGCUGGGAAAUGCAGUGCCUUGCACUCUGCAGUGGAACGUGCCAGAGGAAAACAAUGCAUUGUUCCUACAUGCUAGUGAAUUCCAAGCAGGUAACAGGUAUACGUUUUAUAUUUAUGGAUGCACGGACAAUGGACAUAGACUACUGGAGAUGCAGACUGGUUACUCACAGGAACUCAAAUCUGUUCAGCGCCCAAGUCUGGUUGAACCUGUUCAGAGUACUUCCUCUUCUGUGACACUGGAGUGGCAUUACAAUGAAGAUGAUCCAGCUCAGCCAGCAUUCAUCAUGGGGUACCUGGUUACAGUGCAGGAAGUAGGAUCUGUUUUGCUGCCAGAUCGGUCCAAUGUCUCAGUUGCAGAUCCCCACAUGAAGUUUGUGACCAUAGAGGGUCUGAAGGAGAACACAGAGUAUACUUGCUCUGUGAGUGCGCUCACUAAAGAGGGGCCUGGGCUACCAGCCAGCAUUACCUUCAGAACCAAAAUCAACUACUCUUCUCUCAUACUCAAGGUACUGACUCCCAUCUUUUUACUCAUGGGCUGCACUGUUCUCCUGUGGUCCCAAGUGAAAAUUGUGAGGAGCGGGCUGAAGGAGAUAUUUAUUUACCCUGCGGGUAUGAACAUUAAAACUCCAGAGUUUGAAGGCUUCCUGCACGAGACUGAUCAGUGGCUGCAGUCUCAGAAGCCAGAGGAGUGCAUCAGCUGUGACAUCGAGAUUUUGAAUGGCAGACCCUCUCUAAAUGAAAUAACCGCACUGAGAGAUUCUGAGCUGAUGAAUGAACCAUGCUCUCCUAGUUUGCAGUCCUCGCUUUCGUCUUCAUCACCUUCUUGCAUGCUGCUCGAAGCAAAUUACUGUCCACAGUUAGCUACUCUGCCCUGGGACAGACCAGCCUCUCAGCAAGUCACAAGCCUGAUGAACAGGAGUUACUUAUACACUUUGAAGGAGGGUUACUCUGAACCACCUAAAGUUGUAUUCAGUGAAACCAAAUCAAGCUUUGAAGCUUCUGACUGCCCCCUUGAAUCAUGUGGUGUCAUAUAUGGUUAUAUCGCCAAUGAUUCUUUAUAAGUGCUGAGUCAAGUCUGAAUCAGUAUUUCUUCCUGUCCCAUACCGUAAAUACAGAAUUUGUUUAUUACACAUAUUGUGAAUCAGCUAUCCUGCAUUCAUGCUAAACUUUAAAUUACAGAAGUGAUUUUGUUUAAAAAUUAUAUCGUAUAGGCUUUAUCAUAAAAAGAGAAUCAAUAGUGCACAAAACUCACAUUAAAUUGACUAAAGUUUGAUGUGAGAAGAGAAACAAAAAGUCAGGAAUUUGCUCAACUGUGAAGGAACUGGAGAUGUUAUCUACAGGAUGUAAGUGCUGCAACAGAUAAGGUAGAUGAGCAGGCUUAGAUGUUUGCAUAUUUUCUGAGCAUGACUUUUUAACAUCGCUUGUGAUGCAGACAGUGCUGAUAGUGGUGUAGUUGUUGAUGGGAUGUAGGUAUAAUGCUUGAAGUGUAUUCAUUGCCGUGCUAUAUGUAUCCAUGGUUAAAAACACAACUCGUGUAGCAUUGCUAUUAGCUCAUUUGGUUCAGCAGGUGACUCAUGUGCCCUUUGAAAUGAAAGCAUGAAUAAAGUGCUUUUCUAUAUAAAUCUAAGAACAUUAUUAGAGGUAUUAGUUUAGGAAUUUUUAACACUCUGCCAUCUUUUCACCUUUUCUCCAUAUCCUUUUAGACAUCCCAGCCCCGUCUGAUUCUGUGGCAUGCAUGCUCACAUUCACACUAGAUUAACUUGGCUCAACUUGUUUUCUUUUCUUUUCAGAAUCCUAUUAAAUGGCUUUCUUUUUAUUUUCCAGCAUUAUUAAAAUAUCAGUUUUCUCCAUUUUGUCAUGCCCUGAAAGAUGAAUCAUGGGGAAAAAAAACAGAAGGUUGAAUAAAAAAGGAAAAUUACAGGAAAUGUUUAGUCAUCAUUCCUCUGGAAUUUCUCGAUCAGUUACUCAUAAUUGGAAUUUUACCUUUCAGCUCAGGUCUACUUGUUGUAACAGGUUGUUCAGCAAAUUCUCACCUAAGUUUACAUGCAUUGUGUUCUGUUUAUUGUGCAGUUAGCAGACACCGGGUACAGCUCAUAAUCUAAUUUAAUACAAAGUAGAUUCAGGUUGUGUUCUAUUGUCUUGACAUUUACAUUUUACAGUUGAAAUUAGUGGGGGUGUUUUUUUAGCUCAGUUAUUGUCUUAAUGUUCUAGGAAACUGAGUGAAGUCUAUAGCAUUUCACAUGUGGCGCCUCUCCAGUUAUGGUUCUAGUUUAAGAUCACACCUUCUGAUAUAACAUGUUGAUUUAUAAACAGUUUCAACUGUUGGUCAAAAAGAAAUUGUAAGUACUAAGUAUUUGUACUCAUAUUCUUUUUAGUAACUAACACAAAGUUGCAGAACACAGAGUGCAAAAAUGCCCUUCUGAAAGGUUAUACAAGGUAUUAUUUGGAUAAGGCAGAACUCACACAUUCACCAAAUACUUUUCAUAAAAAGUAAAACAUAACAAUUAGCCUAUAGAGCACAUCUUAAUUAAAUCAAGUCCUAUCCUUGUAUAUUCACUGUUUCUGCUGUUAAUUAAACCACACAUCUGCCUACUUUUUUUCCCCAUGCCUUUAAAUCAAAUGCAAUCAAGCCAUGACUGGUUUGGCUAAUUCAAAUGUGGAGUAUCAUCUAUAUUCAUAUUUAAAAUGAAAAGAUUUCAGUAUCUCUACUGAAAUCUAUUCAAGCUUCCUCCACCUCACACUUCUCCCCCACAUUCACUUGUUAUGAAGAGCCAGGCGUCAAAAAUGGUUAAAAUGAGUCACAUCUGAGUUGAUAUGACAGAAAUAGCUGCUCAGACUUAAGAAAAUGUGGUUCAGAGACAUGCUGUGUAUGUAUAGCACAGAAAAGCCCAGAAUGACUUUUUCUCCCCCUUUGCUUCUUUCACAUAGAUUUAAAUUGAGUCACAUAGGACUACACGACUGGUAAAUCAGAAUCCAUUCCUCAUUACACUCACAUGAACGCUUAAGCUGUCGAUUACUGUUUUUCAUUAAAAUUUCUGCAUGAAUUCAGAAGAAAAAAGAACAAAAGAAACUGAAACAGGUGCUGUACAGCCUGAGAGAUACUGAAACUAUA